CCCAUUCCAGUCCCGUAUUCACAGCCGGACCCCUCUGCGAGUUUGGGACCUCUCUGUGUCUGGGACCUCUCUGCUCCCUCUCUGAUGGAUGCCUGCACAGGGCUGGAGGGGCAGCCGCACCCCCGACUCCAAUAUGGGACGGUCCCGGGGAGAUACUACUACCAUGAGCCAAACUAUCUGACCGACCUGUCUGACUGUCGACCCGAGAGAGAGCCAGAUAGAGCCCUUGGCUACUGGACCAUCCCUGGUUCCAGAACCGGACAGGUCCUCCAGGAUUACACCAACUGGAGGGCUGCCAUGGCCCCCUCUGAGCCCUUCAAUCUGGAUCUGCAGCUGGGGGCGCACUGGGAAUUGGAGAGGAGGGAGGGUAGGGAGCCGAUUGUCCGUGAGGAGUGGGCAGAGGGGCAGAGGGCUAGGAAGGCGAGAGAGAGAAGGAGGGGCGAGAGUUGGGCGCUGAGAGCUGAAUCACGCAGUCCAUCCCGCUUGAAGAGAGGGCUGCAACCAUCCUGGGACCAGAACUUCAGUUAUCAAGGUCCACGGCACUGGCGGUACAGUCAUACCCUACCCAGAAAGAAGUCCCUGGAUCCCCCUUCAGGAACUCAGCUGGAGAGGGAGGAACGGUGGCUCUGUAACCCUGCUUUACAAGACCCUGGCCUUACCAGGUCCAGGAAGGAGUUGCCGGGAAUGUUGAGAGAGGAGGAGGGUGGCACUGCUACCCAGCUUACUACCCGCUUUCCCGGGACACUCAGUUUUGAGAAGACAAGGCAGCAGGAGAGCAGGGAGGAAUUGAAGGAAAACCAACCAGAAAAGAGGAUGUUUAGCCAGCCCCCGACUUAUGUGCCUCCCCCUCCCUAUAGCGCCCCCCACAGGACUGCAAGAGUCCCGAACCCCAGACCAGAGCCCUCCCAACUCAACAUCAGCACAGCAGCGGACAGGAAAGCCUACUCAGAAUGGGUUUUGCCUUGCAGGAACUCUCCUGGGGAAUGGAGAAAAGAGGGGAGAGAGAAGGGGAUGGAGAAAAAGAAGAAAAGGCUGGAUCCUGAGAUCUGGCCUCAAAUGCUUGGCUAUGGGACGUGGGGCGGCUCCACUGCACUCUCCAAGCAGAGGCCCCAUUUAGGGAGAGAGGGCCCGAUCGAUCGUGAGCUGUCUGGAUCCCCACAGAAGAGAUUUGAGGGAGGAGAGCUGACAGCCAUCCCGGAUAGCAGGAGGAAGAAAAGCAGAGCCAGGGAGACUGUCUUUUGUUUGGUUUCCCGGCCAGGGAGUGAGGCGGGAGGGCCAGGCCAGCCCUCAGAGGUCAUGAGAUCCUUUCCCCUGCCCAAGAGCGUCACCAAGGCAGGACAAAACAGCACUGAAAGGGUUAGAGGGAGACCGGCGAGUGAGGGGUGGGAGGAGAGCAGUAGGAACUACAGAGACAGGGAGAGUAGCACUCGCUUGCCCCACAAAGAGUCCCACUCCCAGACAAUGAACCGGGAGAUCAGUGGCUACUCAAAGCCCCAGGCUGGACGGGACAGAUCCCAGAAUGCUGCGAGGCAUUGGUCCCACAGCCACUGGGAGGAAGGAGAGCGGGGAAGUCGUAGAAGGGAAUCACUACAAAGGGCUGCCAGUGAGCCGAGAGAAGGCUAUGCCAACUACCAGACUCUGCCCAGGGUACGGGGGCCAAGAGCCAAGGACCGGGACAGAGGCAGGGGCAACACCAGCCAAAACAGAGAGGCUUUGGACACCUUUGAAAUUUCAAGCAAGACCUUAGCCCUGAGUGGGCAGAGAGGUUUGUCAGGUUUUCCUCGCUGGAAGGAGACAAAUCAACUUGGGAAUCCCAGGAUCGUUCAUCCAAAAGGGGAGACUGGAAGCUGCGGCCCUACGGAAGACACAGGGAAACUGAGGGAAGAGAGGGGAGAGGCUCAAAAGGACAGCAGCGACAAUGGGGUUUUGGUAAUAGACGCUACCUGUGUUAUCGUUACAGCUGAGUUUAUCUUCCCACCAAAGAAAGAGCAUGUUCAAUACCUGUACCUGGCUAGCACAGAUAAUUCUGAACUACCAGAUAUGGAUCUGAUUCCUUCAAACAGUAACACAGAUAACAUAGAGACUGGACUGCAGAGCCUGGAGUCCUUGGAGAGCAAACAACAGAUUACUGAGACCCUUUCUCCCUGUCAGAGGCUGCUCCUCAACAGCAGACGGAGUCAACACACCCCACCUGCUUCGGAAACUCUUUCUGGAUGCUACGAAACUCAGGAAGCCCAUAACUUAGAAACAAUGGAUCAAGUGGCUAUCCCAUCCCCUGUACCUGCCAAUGAAACCCUGGAGGAGAGAACCAGGAGGAUUUUAGGGAUCCUCCAAGAAAAAAGCCGAUUGGAACUCGAGGGUGCCCUGUGUCGCUGGGAGGAGGAAGGAGAAACUUUGGGAAGCGUGACAGAAUAUGACAGCCCGAGAUCAGAUAACGAAGAGCAAGAGGCCCAGGAACAGGAGGAGGUAGAGGUUUGGGAGAGGGAUGGAGAGAGAGAUGCCUCUGGAGGUAGGGAUGCUGGGGAGAGGAAUGGGGAGGCUUCCCCUCUUGGAUGCUGUGAACCUGAGAAGGAUGAACAGAAAAGAGGAGGUGGAGAGUCUGUCCUUCCUGCUACAGGGGACGUGGUGGAGACAGAAGAAGCAAACCCAUUGGGGGAAGAGCUUGAGGUUCAACCGCACAGGGCAGAGGAAAUCAGUGAACCCCUACAUGGGGUGCCAGCUUUCCAGGAGUUUGAGAACUGGCAAGAGAGGCCAGGGAGUCCCAAGGGAACAGAGGAACACACUGUUCCUGACGGAGAGACCACUGACAAGCCCCCCAGUCCAGCAGAGAUCCCCACAUUGCCUGAUGCCCUCCCCCAACUGGAUGACAUACAUUUUGAAACCGAACCUGUGGAGUCAUCCCCUGAUAACACUGAUGGCAUCCAGCAUGCCUCCAUAGAGGCUAGCCCCCAACAGGAGAUUACAGAAGGAGAAAUUCCUUCUCCAGAGUAUUGUCAGUAUCCUCCUCCUCCUCCUCCUCCUCCUCUUCCCAAAGACGUUGCUUCAAAUUCAUGGACCCUUUGGGAUGCGGUCAACCGAAUCCGCAAACACACCGCCCCCGAUUCUGAAAGCGAGGAUGAGGAGGUGGUGGAGGUGUGGGAUAGGGAUGGGGAGGCAGAUACCUCAGUAGGGAGGGAAGCUGGGGAGAAGAGUGGGGAGGUGGUCCAUCUUGGGGGAAGGGAACCUGGGGAGGAUGAAUGGGGAAGACUAGAAGGUGGGGAAGAGGAUGCAUUCUCCUGCAGCAGCUCAGACAGCCACACCUCCCGGGAUACAGUGAUUAUACGAGGCACCACCAUGUCUGAAGAGGAGGAGCAGGGAGAGAGUGACACUGGGAGUGAUGCUGGGGAGCUGGGGCUGGGAGAGAGUGAGGGAUUUGAGAUUGAUGGAGAUGAUGACAGUGAUGCUGAGCUAAGACCCAUUAAGGAGGAGAUGGAAGGGGAGUUGGGAGGGAAUGGGUGGUUAGGGAAUGAUGUGCAGGAAUUAGAAGGGAGUGGGGUUUUUAGGAGUGAUUUUUGGAGUGAUGGGGAGUUGGGGUCCACUGAAGAGGCACUGGGUGGGGGUAUGCAAUUUAGAAAUGGAGAGCUGGGGCAAACUGAGGGGGGGCUGGGAGGGAAUGGGUGGUUAGGGAAUGACGUUGAGGAACAGGGGGACAUUCAGUGGGGACAGGGAGCUAGCGACGCUCGGAGUGAUGGGGAGUUGGAGCCCACUGAAAAGGCACUGGAAGGGGGUAGUGAACUUGUAAUAGACUGUGGGAGUCCUGGAGAGUUGGGGGCAACUGAGGGGUGUCUGGGAGGGAAUGGGUGGUUAGAGGGUCAUGGUAAGGAACUGGUAUCCAUUCAGUGUGGACUGGGAGGGAGUGACACUGGGAGCGAUGAUGGAGAAGUGGGAGGAAUUGCAGGCAGUGACACUGGGAAUGAUAGGGAAUUGGGAAGGAGUGGGAGUGAUGAAGGGGAGGUGGGGUGGACAGGGAGAGGGGAGGUUGAAGAACCCAUUCAGGAGCGACUAGGAGGGAGUGGGGAUGGGGAGUUGGGGCCCACUGAGCGGGUACAUGGAGGGAGUGGGGGUUUUCAACGUGACACUGGGAGCGAAUGGAAAUUGGUCACUAUUGAGGAAGAACAGGAAGGGGAUGAGGAACAGGAAGUGAACCCCUGUAUCGAGGAAAUCCUGCGUGAGCUGAGAGAGACGGAGAGGGAGCUGUUCGGAACUGAAUAG